AUGCAGAGCGCAAGCGCAUUGGAGGACGUGGCGAAGCUGGUGCUUCAGAGAAAGAACGACGACAUUGAUGCAAAAUACGUGCACUUUUUCCACGAGAAGAUUCCGAGUAGGCAGCUUGCCGAAUCCACGAGCCUGCGGCCGCUAGAUGAAGUUAUUGCAGAACGACCUACGGAUCCGGAGCCGUUGCGCACAAGAGCUACCGUGCGUGUCUUCAAGGACGAUUAUGUUGGCGCGGCGGGAGACUUGACAACGGCGCUGCAAGUAUUGCGCUUGUAUCGCCCGCAUAAGAAUGUUAGCCAGUCGCAGGACCUCCAACUGUAUGAUAGGAAAAACCGGCGACAGGACAUCAUAUUGGAGGAGGACCAACAACCGAGCAGUCUUGAGGCUCAGCUGCUAUUCCAGCGGGCAGGCGUGUAUCUGACAAUGGCAUGCCAGCAUGUCCCGGAUGCACUAGCCGAGCCACCUCUACAAAAAGAUUGCGAGGCGAUGGAUCAGAGUACUGCGAAUGGUAUUAUUGACACUGACGACGAGCCUGGCACGCCUGCCACGGAUGUGCCACCUGUUUUCGAAAUGACAGGAGAGGAGAAGGCGGCUCAGAAGAGGCUGUUGGAGGCGCGAAAGGCCGUUAAAACGAACGCCAAGAAGGCACUCCGUGACUAUCUUGCAUUUCUAUCCAACUUCGACUACUCACCCAAUCUACCUAUCGACAUCACAGAGGAGUUCACCCGGAAGGUCAAUUCGGCCGCUUAUGGAGGAUCGCGCCCUCCUAGGAACAGCAGUCAAGAUGUCUCGAAUGGCGACAAACCGCAUGCUGUCUAUGCUCUUUCUGAGCUUUUCUCUGCAUCGCCACCUGCAGACCUGCCUCCUUAUCCCUCCACAGAUCUAAUCAUCCCAGCACCAGCAUCUCAGUCUGACCCUACGAUUACGAGCUCGACUACCACAGAGACACUCACGUAUCAUCCUCUGUUGACCGAUGCGCUGCAUUCGGUGCUUCUCUGUCAUUCUCUGAUUCAGACGUCAUCCAAGGAGCUUCUGCGCCAUGCGUAUAUGGUGGCACGUCUGGCACGCCUGGCUGAUGGAUAUCCUAUCUUCCAGGCUAGCCGCUCUCCUGCUCGCUCGGACUGGAUGGAAGUGCUGCGGAAAUCAUCCAACUGGCUUCCACUUUCCGGAACAUGGGAGUCUCUCUGUGCACCCGCACCCCUGCCAAUGUUCCACACCUCAUCACAAUCCAACAGCAGCCCUUCGCCAAACGGUACAAGGCCAGCUAAAGCGCUCCCAUCACCAGAUACGAGUCCGAAAGACAACCAGCAACUGGAUAAGGAGCGCCGGCAGCACAAAGCGAUUCUCGAAGCGCUCGAGGAUGAACGAGUGCAUGACGAGGCGUCUUUUCGCGCCGCUAUUAACGCACGACAGAAGCGGGCUGAGAGCACCUCUAGUCCUCCAACGCCGACGAUCAGUGACAACGGCCAACUAGACUCCCUACUACUCAAUCCAAACACGGAGGAAUCGAACGCUCUUACAGAGUCGCCCAGUCUUCUGCCUGUUGUCAACGGCGAGAGCAAGACUGCUACGCCAACAAAUGGAACUACAAUAGCCAUCAGGGAGAAGGAAUCUCGAAACGGCGCAGCUGUUCACCCCAUGGCCAAACGCUGGGCGACGAAUGAUGGUAGGGAGUACCCUAUAUUGACAGAGCGGGCUGCGGCGGUGGCCCGCUGGGUCCGCGAGGCUCCUGCUGGUGCUGGAGCCACUGGCUCGAGCGGCAAGCGGAAGAAGAAGCCUAAGAAGGCUGCAGCUUCUUUGAGCGCCUCAACAUCCGCGUUGGAAAUCAGCGCUGUUGAAAGCGCGACGGAGCAGAUCACGUAG